AUGCUUAUCACCGAAUUUCGAAUUAUUUUACCAAUGACAGUUGAAGAAUAUCAAGUUGCACAAUUAUAUGCAACAGCUAAAGUAUCAAAACAAAAUACCGGUGGUGGUGAAGGUGUCGAAAUUCUUGAAAAUGAACCAUUUGAAAAACCCGUAUCAGAAGGAUUUCUUGGCAAAUAUCAUUCGGGACAAUAUACAAAAAAAAUUUAUCAUUUAGGCUCACGUGUACCAAGUUUCGUACGUUUAUUAUUUUCUGAUUCAAGUUUAUCUAUGCAUGAAGAAGCAUGGAAUGCCUAUCCAUAUUGUAAAACAGUUCUUACAAAUCCAUAUAUGAAAGAUAAUAUGAUUAUCGAUAUAUCAACAUUACAUUUAGCUGAUCGUGGUGAAUCCGACAAUGUCCAUCAAUUAACCGGUGAUGAACUUAAAAAACGUAAUAUUGUCUAUAUAAAUAUAGCUGACAAAGUAAAACCAGCUGAUUAUAAAGAAGAAGACGACCCAGAAAAAUUUAAAUCAACCAAAACUGGUCGUGGUCCAUUACUAUCAAAUGGAACAUGGUAUAAAGAUUGUCAACCAUAUAUGUGUUGUUAUAAAUUAGUUCGAGAAAAAUUUAAAUGGUUUGGUCUUCAAACACGUGUAGAAAAUUUAAUAAUGACACAAGAAGAACGUUUAUUUCGUAAUUUUCAUCGACAAUUAUUUUGUUGGACUGAUGAAUGGUAUGGUUUAACAAUGCAAGAUAUUCGAAAACUUGAAGCCGAAGCAAAGGAAACAUUAAAAGAAGAACUAGCACAUGGAGAAAAGAAAGGUUUUACUACAGAAGAAUGA